AUGGGGACAUGGAUCCAGUCUGAGACAGUCAUGUAUGGGCCAUCAACUUCUAAUCAAGUAUGUGUACUUUUUUAUGUGAUGCAGUGUUUUGCUAGCACCAAAGUACUUUAAUAUUCUAACUUUAAACGUUUGCAGAAAUGUCCUACCUUUUUUCUCGGUAAUUAAAAAAUUAUUGAAACUCCAUCAGGACAUGAUGAAAUUCUAAACCUACAAGGUUCCUUGAUUUAUACAUUCUUAUUAGGGAACUACUUAAAGUUCCCUGUUUAAGGCUUGUCUUAAGUUCAAAGAGCAUCCAAAAGUCAAUUAAAAUAGGGUUUGGUUGGUGAGCUGUUGGCAUUUACGAGUGUGUGAGCUGAGCAGCAUUGCUGUGGCUGGGAAAGAGUAUAACAUUUGUACACUGCUUGAGCCAUAAAAUAACAAAGACAAGAAAAGAUACAGUUUGAACAAGGUGGCUGGAUAGUAGUGUUCAGUUGGGCUGUGUAUAAAAAUGGGAUGGGGACAUUGGGACGCGUACUUUGUGAGGACUUGGAACUGGGGGGCGUGAAACGAGCAACUUGGGGACAUCAAGAAUUGGACGCGGGGACGUGUGGGAUGGGGACAAGGGACGUCAAAUACAGGGACGCGGGGACGAUUAUUUUUAUAUUUUAAGGAUUAUUGAAAAAGUCGGAGGUAACUGCAAUAUCAGUCACUUUCCUCUUGAAUGUUUUGGUGAAUGAAACCCUGCACCCUGUGCUCCUUAUGUUACAAUAUUCCAGCUAGGAAACUUGCACAUGACAGUUGUUUCCAGGGCUCAAAAUGAUGGCUGGUCAACUGACAAUGUCCAGCCUGAUUGUGGACUUGACUGGUCAAACUCUCGUCUUGCCGGUCAUUUUGACUGGUCAUUUUUGGAUGCAAAGAUUUUAUAAUAUUUUUCAUAUAGUUAAUGUAAUGCGUUUUGCUCUAUAACACUGUAAUGAUUUGAAAAAUAUUAUAAAAUGUUCGCAUCCAAAAAUGACCAGUCAAAAUGACCGGCAAGACUUUUCUUUAAAGAAAAAGAACACCCCAGUAAAUUUUAUUUUAUGGCUCAAAACAACAACAAACUGAGUUGUGGAGUAACGCAACGAUGCAGCUGUUCUUACUGUAUGCUCUGCUUUGCUGUGAUCAGUAAUCCGUUAUUUGUUAGAAAACUAAAGGAUAGCUAACAGAUUUUGUCCAUCAAACGUUUCACAUCUACUUGUAGAGGAUUGUAGAGGAUUGUGAAAAUCACCUUCGAUGGAAUUCGGGCAGAUUGAUCGCUCGUCCUGUACUGUUUCUCCGGGAAUAAAUUUCAGCGCAUCGAUUUAUAAUACUUUCAUUAUGUCGAACAUGAAUCUCGUUUGCGGACUUGAUUCUAGAAUUGUCUAUAAAAACUAAACGAAUCGCAAACGAACGUCGCCUAUCUCGGCGCUAAAAAUCCUCCUUCUUGCAAAUUUCUGUUGACGUUAAUGAGGCCCUUCGCAAUAAAGUGAAGUGCCACGACCCAAACGAAAGCUCUACUGUAUAUUUAUUGACUUCUGAUGAUAAAUACGCUGUUUGUAGAACAAAUUUCUCUCCAAAUCAACUUCUUAGCCGGAAAUUUUUAGCGACUUUCUUCCUUAUGGAGGAGACUUUUGAUCAAGUGCUGGGUAACGAAAAAGGUCAAGUUUCACCCGGAUAUGCAGAUACAGGACGAAACUUGGAGACUUCAGAUUCCGACAUACCAUGA